AACUACAGUACGUUAGCGUUAGCUGGCAAAAUAUUAGCUCGAACAGUGAUGAGACCAUGAGAGGGAUUGUUUUAAUGUGCCUGUCGGUACUUUUCUUGUGUUCUGAAUUAUAUUACGUGUCAGUAACCAGGAAGUUAUUCGUAAAUCCUUGUCACGCCUGCUGCUGUUAGCGUGGAUGUGAGUUUAGCUGACGGGGUUGAUUAAGGAGAGGAAACUAUGAGCAUGUUAGCGCUAAAUGUUGGCUGACUAUUAUGGCUGACAAAUCUGAUGGCAUCGGCCUGGUAAAGGGUCACACCUUCACUGACCAUACCUUUCAUCACUAUUCAGAAAUGAAUGUAGACAGGAUCUACAUGGAUUGCAAUGCUACCACCCCUCUGGAGCCAGAAGUGAUUCAGGCCAUUUCUGAAGCCCUUCAGGAUGCCUGGGGAAACCCUAGUAGCAACUAUAUAGCAGGUGCCAAGGCCAAGGCUAUUAUUAAUCAGUCCAGAGAGAACGUUGCAAGAAUGGUUGGAGGUAAAGCAGAGGACAUUGUUUUCACAUCAGGAGGGACAGAGGCCAAUAACCUGGUGCUGCACACUGCUGUGGAGCACUUUAGGAAAAGCAGCAGGGCUGCGGAACAACGUGAAGGACACCAGAACGGAUGCACUGGCCGACCUCACAUUAUCACCUCUAAUGUGGAACAUGACUCAGUCAAACUUGUCGCUGAGCGCUUACAGAUGGAUGGAAAGGCAGAUGUGACAUUUGUGCCCGUGUCUAAGGUGACAGCCCGGGUAGAGGUGGAUGAUGUCAUUGCUGCAGUACGUCCCAACACUUGUCUCAUCUCUGUAAUGUUGGCCAACAAUGAGACAGGAGUCAUCAUGCCAGUGCGAGAGAUCUGCCAAAGAAUAAAAUCUCUCAAUAAGCGGCCUGAGCGGCUCAGGAUCCUGCUCCACACUGAUGCUGCCCAGGCUCUGGGGAAAAUCCGAGUGGAUGCCAGCGAACUAGGAGUGGAUUACCUCACCAUAGUGGGACACAAGUUCUACGCCCCUCGAAUUGGUGCUUUGUACGUGAACGGUCCCGGAACAACGACGCCGCUGCAUCCGAUGCUGUUUGGAGGAGGUCAGGAGAGGAACUUCAGACCAGGCACUGAAAACACGCCAAUGAUUGCCGGUCUGGGAAAGGCAGCAGAACUGGUGACAUCCAAUCUAUCAGAUUAUGAGAGUCACAUGCAAAGUACUAAACUGUACUUGGAAGAACGACUGCAGGCCAUCUUCACAGACAAGAUCCGCUUCAACAGCCAUUACCCCGGCUCUGAUAUCCUCCCUAACACAUGUAACGUGUCCAUCCUGGGCCCAACAUUACAAGGCUGGAGGGUAUUGUCCAACUGUAGGAGGCUGCUGGCCAGCGUUGGUGCCGCCUGCCACUCAGACAGUGGAAACCGGCCUUCCCAUAUCCUUCUGAGCUGUGGCGUCCCCUCAGAGGUGGCAGCUAAUGCUUUGAGGUUGAGCGUGGGCAGGGGGACGACCAAAGCAGAUGUGGAUGCAGUCGUGGAGGACCUGAGGGAAACCGUGCAGCUGCUGGAAGAAAUGAACUGACGACUUUCAUUUGCACGAAGUAAAGUCAUCCUGUGGGUCAAAUAAGGAUGUACAGAACAAAACAUGCACCAUCUGUGUUUAUUCUCAUAUGAACCGAUCAUGUAAAAUGGAUGAAAAUUUUAAUAUAAAUAAUAAAGGAGAAGAACUUGAAGUGACCUGA